GGCUUGUGACAGCUGCUUGCUUUUUGUUUUAUUUCCGACUCGUCGCAUCAACACUUGAACUGCUUCACCUCACAGCGCGUUGUCACUCUCCGAUCAUUCUCUUGAUGGCGAGCUGUAAAUGGUAGCUCCUAGUACACCUCAUCACCCUGUGUUGAUUUUUUUUUCUCCCGUCGCCCAUCACGAUCGGAAGCAAUUUACACGUUUAAGGAUCAGAUAAGGACAUGAUGAAUCGGUUUAGAACUAAGAAGAAGGCUAAGGAUGAGGAUGGCGCUCCUCGUCCCUCACAAGACUCUGAAUCUUCAAUGCCUUUCCGCGGCUUUAGGAAAGGGAAGAAGUCGCAGGAAAACGAAAAGAAAGAAAUCGAUAUAACGGCGGUACUACCCUCCAAUGAUGAUUUUCGUACGAGUCUGCUUAUGACUGGGCUUUCUGCACGAUUUUCGAUGUUGCGGGAGCAGGACGACCCGAAUACAAAAAUUGGCAAAGCAAGCGAUGACAGUGUUCUGUUUCCUAAGCGACAGUCGAGGAUGGAUUUGUCUUCGUUCCGCGGCCUUGGAGACAUUGCCGAAGUCGAAUCAGUCAAGGCCAUUCCGCCUUUCGCUCGGAAGGGUUCUUACAACUCGGACGACGCAGACUUGCUCAACGAAGGAAGUAUAAUGAGUCGCGCCAAACCUACCGAGGGUAACAACCUUUUUGGUGGACGUCAAAAGAUAUAUAAAAUUCCUGCUGGUGCUAGCUCAUCCAAAGGCGUGGAUGGUGGUAUGGGUGGUCGCGCGCUGUACGAUGAUGAUGUUGCACAAUCAGCAUUUCAAAAAUGGAGGCGAGCCGAGAAGGAGCGGGAGCUGUCACAGGAUGAGCACAAUGAAUCUGAUGCACAGGACGAGCAGAGAAAUUCCUCGUCUGACCUUGAUCCCCCUCGCUCAGAAUCGCCUAUCUUUAGUAAUUACAAUCGAAAGCGGGAAACUUCGUCUACAUUGUCGUCUACGCCAUCUGUUGCUAGACAUUCAUCUGCCGCUACUUCAAUCACGUCUUUUCAGCCCACACCGUCUGUGAAAGAUUGGCAACCAGCGAGUGGUUAUAGCUCCGGGCCUGAGCGAAGUGUGACUCGAACAAGGCGUCUUUACGAGACUGGUUUUUUCAACCAAGACGCGCAGGAGUCGGGGCCUGGCGGCUUAUCGCGCAUAGAUACGAUGAGUCGGCAACGACCAUUUGGCACUCGAACACCCGAGUUGGGUCAACAAUCACCCUCUGUGGGUUUCGCAAACCGGCUGAGCGGCGAGCGAAAACCUCUGGCUAAAGCUAGCGCACCUAACCUUCGUUCGAUAAGUCCUCCUGCAAGUGCCUCGCCAACAGGACCCCCGAACCUCGGUAUUCGAGUUCCAAGUACAGAAGGCAAACCCAACCACGGCGGUGCCCCACCUAUAAGCCCUCCCAUUAGCGAAACAGAAGAAAAUACUCUAAUGUCUAUCAAUCCGAAUGAUAGAGGCAAGGCUACCGCUCUUGGAGUAUUUCAAAAACCUGCGCAGCCUUAUGACGAAUCAAGGUUUGCACAAAGGCAGUUACAACUGCAACGAGGACGAGAGACGCCAACACAGAAGGCUCGUGAUAGUCCUAACCCACCCGCGCCUGAGCAAAAGUCCAGAUCGCCUUCCCCGGUUCAACAAGAGAUUGUUGACUCCCCGACUGCUCCUGUAUUCACAGUAACGCAGUCACCUAAAAAGGAUGUACCUCAACCCACCUCAUUUUUGGUCGAUUCGGAUGGAAGCGAUACAUCGUCAAUGAUGUCACCCAAGCCCUUGCCAUCCCCACAGAUUCAUCUCCGACGGCCUUCCGAUAGAGAACAUCCCGCCCUUCGGCGAGAUUCUGGCGUGCCUACGCCUGCAUCAUCUUCUCUUACGACAUCUCAAGAUGAACCGUCUACUAACCCAGAUAUUCUAAACAAACUUGCAGUUGAAUCAAAAGGCCCUUCUCCUACAGACUCGCCGACCCUCGGCCCCGUAUCAAAUGAUUCCGGUCUAAGCCUUAUGGUACGGCAACAUCUCCGAGCUGACAGCAAUGCCUCGUCAAUUUACUCUGGCGUACCUCCCACAGCAGGCACAGAGUCCCGGUUUCCUACCGAUACUGUCGGUUCGAAAGCUACGCCUGAGUAUAGCCCAGGUUACAACCCCUGGCAGGGCGGAGAUCAAAGUCGUGAUUGGAACCUGGACCUAGACGUUGCCGAACCCCUUGCAGAUACCGAGUCCCUGAUGUCGGAUUCUAGUAGGGCUGUUCAAUCCAGGGUGGAGUUAUCUUCACACAACGAGUCAAACAACCAGAACACGGACGAGUUCGCAAGCCGUCUCGCUGAUGGUGCUCGCCGAAUCCGCGAAAAAUUAACUUCGUAUGUUGAGACCGACAGUCGUUCCUCAUCCCCACAUAGGCUAGAAGAGCACAACGAUGCGUCUGACUUAGCGCCACUUCCACGACCUAGUGGCCUCGGCGCCAUCUUACGUCCUAGGAGUAGCAGAGGCUCCUUGGUUGAUCGUGGCCGGGAACCAACCUCGACCAGGGCUUUCAAGAUGAUGGGUAUCAGUCCUGGGGGCUCUAGAACAGCUAGCCCAGGAAGCGAGUCUCAAAAGGGGCAGAGUGAUGCUGGGGGGCUAGCACAAGAGGGAGAGGACAAAGAAUCCACCAGUGAUAGCCAGCCACCUGGGCUCCGUCAAUUUCGACAAGCCAGACGAGACCUGCAACGGCUCAAGGAGCUGGAGUCGCAAUCUCGACAUUACCCAGCACCUCAGGGCCCCCCGCCGGAUAUCCCAUCUCCGCAACAAAGAGCCGCGAAAGAAGCUAUGGAACAGAGGACGAGGACACCAAGCCGAGACCACAAGCCGCCUCCUGUCUAUUAUAAACAACGUAUACCAAGCGACGAAUUGUGGAAUGGCGACUCCCCUGAUAACUCACUUUAUUAUCGAAACGAUCGACAACGCAGCGAGUCUGAAUCUAGCUAUGAGGCACGCUCCAACAAUAGAAUGACACGGUCUAGAGAUACAUUCACUGGACGGGAAACUACCCCCGCUCGCUUCUCUCAGUCGCCAAUGCGCCCAACUGGGCUACCAGGGACUGAUAUUAAACGUUCACCAAUUAUGCCUCCACAGCCUCACCCUAAUGUUUCACUGAGGAUGAACACAUCAAACCAGAACUCAGGCGGCAAACUAUACGUGCCACGCACUUAUGAAUCUGACCAGCCUUCCCCUAUCUCACCAGGAGCGUCGCCUUUGUUCAACUCAGCACCACCCACUCCUCGUAAUUUAUCUCCUAGGCCUCCGGUUGCCCAAAACCUAAGUUACGACAGUGUAACUGUGCCUAGUUCUGGUUUUCACGCGGCAGAAAAUAACAAGUCAUAUAUCAACACUCGAGAUGCGCCCCCUCUUCCUCCUAUCAACCCGAGACGGCGUCAGGAUAGCACAAAAGCACGUCCGGCUCUGGAAUCGUUUGUUUCUCGGGAUCGAGACAACUUUGAGCGUAACGGUAGGGUGAUGUCGCCAAAUCAUCUCAGCGAAAACACUAACGGCGUGGAUCAUCGAGGUGUCUCUACCAAUGGCAACAGAGACGGUUACAGUGCCCACUCGAAACGACCUCAAAGAGCGAUGACGGAUGUUGCUGGCUCGAAUGUGGGUUUCGGCAAGCCGCGAGGCAACAGCUCGCCUCUUAACAGUGUCCCACCCACAUCUAGAAUGACUGUGGGGCAGCUCAGAAAUAUGCCGCACAACACUGGUCUACCAGGUGGUAUGAUUUAAUAGCUGAGUGAAUAUCUCGAUCUGGGAUAUGAGGCGACCCCAUGGCUGGACAUCACGGCUGCCUGCUCAAUGGCACUAAAUGCU